AAUAUGUUUUAUCAAUCUCAUGAUUUGUUUUUAAGAAUAAAUAUUUCAAAGUUGAGGUAAAGGUAUUCAGGUUGACAAAUAGCAAACAAUUUAAUGCUAUGGCUGGAAUUAAAAUUAUUUCAUAAGUACGCAAAUGCCUCCAGUAGAUUAACUAGUUAUCUCACUAAAUAACUAGGUUAUGUUUCCAACAAUACUUUUUUUCUAGAUGUGUUAUUAUAUUAUUUGCUAUUUUAAAUGUCUUAUAAAUAGAGAGACACUAACACUGUAAACGCUGCACAACUGUUUGCAAAUUUUUCCUAAAGGUAAUAAGUGAUGGCAUUCAGUUUUGGAAAGCCUGCGAAACAACAAGAUCAGUCUUCUAGGUCUGGAUCUAGAGGAGGAUUUUCGUUUGGGGUUCCACAAUUUGGGAUUUCCUCACAGCCAUCUGCUACUGGAUUUUCGUUUAAGAGUUCUUCACAGUCGUCUUUUACUGAAUGUGGAUUAGGAAGUUCUUUAUUUACACAGAAAUCUUCUACUGUAGGUGGGUUUGAAGGAUCUUCAUUUGGGAGUUAUACACAGAAACCUUCUACUGGAGGUGGGUUUGGAAGUUCUUCACAGCCAUCAUCUUCUCCAAGUCCGUUGGGUAUUUCUUCAGGGCCAUCUACUACAGCAAGGUCAUUGGGGGAAAGUUCUUCAAGGCCACGUACUACAGCAAGUUCAUUAGGGGAAUGUUCUUCAAGGCCACUUACUACUGACACUUCAACUCAGUCAACUGGAUUGGAGUUGCCUUUCAGUGGUAUAGCUGUCCGAGCUAGUGAGCCAAGUCAUGGAGAUCUAGUCCUGUCAUCUCUGUGUGAUCUCAAAGACCAAGAUAUUGUUCGUGAUUUCACCAUCAAUGUUGGGGAUGAAUCUUUUAUUGUUCAUCGUGCGGUUUUGGCUGCAUGUUCAGAGUAUUUUCGAUCUAUGUUCAAGCAUGAUACAAAGGAGCGUCAAGAAAGUGCUGUUUAUAUGGAGGAUGUCAAAGCUGAGGCUGUAAAAGAAUGCAUAGAUUAUAUGUAUUCUGGCAAUGCUGAUAUUACAGUCGAUACAGCAGGGGAUAUCUUGCAUGCUGCAAGUUUAAUGCAACUAGAGAAACUGACAGAAAAAUGUUUCGAAAAAAUUGAAGAUAGUUUAAAUUCAGAAAAUUGUUUUAAAAUUUCUGGUGUACUUGAGAUAUACUCGUGUGAUAAUCUUCGAAAAAAGGUUGAUCUUUGCAUCAGAAAUAAUUUUUAUGACGUCAUUGAAACAGAAGAAUUUGCCUUGAAAUCAUUGGAUAAUCUACUUAGUUUUGUUUCAAAUUUUGCAAAUAAUGACGAAGCUGCCUGGAAAGCUUUGAAAUCAUGGAUCAAAUACAAUGAAAGUGAAAGAAGUCAAUACAUGGAUGAGUUGAUGAAACUCAUUAAGCUGGUUCAAUUUCCAUCAGCGAAUCUACUUCAGAGUUUUGCAAAUGAUUCUCUGGUUACAGCAGAUUCACCAGAACGAUUAGAUCUUUUCCUCACAAGAAUUUUUUCAAGCACAAGUGAGCUCGAAAAAAACUUGAACAUCAAGAACUGCUUCAUAGUAAGGCAACUCGCCAAUGAAUAUAAAUAUAUUACAAGAGAGGCUCAAAAUAUUAUUGACAAAUUCUUGAUUGAUCAAUAUGAACAAGUUCUGACACAAGACGAAUUCGUUAAUUUAGUGGAAAAAGAUGUUUUAAUGAUUAUUGGAGCUCAGAACAUUCAGUGUUUAGCUUCAGAAGAAUUGAGAUGGAAUGCAAUUAUCAACUGGCUGAAGUAUAAUUCUGAUCGAAUUGUCUUGGCUCCUGAGAUGAUGAAGAAUGUGGAUUUCAGCCAGUUACCCAAACAAUUUAUCCAGGAUACAGUGAGGCAAGAGCCAUUGGUUAAAAAUUCACCAGAAUGCAUGACCAUACUAAUGGAUGGUUUGCUCAGUACCAAACAGAACUACAACACCCAAACUGAAUGCAUUGCUGCUUUGUCAGAAAAUGGUCUAAUACAUUCAUUUCGUCUUGAUGAAAAUAAGUCAAGUCUUGAAAUUCCAACCAUACCCACAGGCACAGGGUCAAGAAUAUUUUCAUUUAAUGGAAAAUUGUGCUUAUUUAAUACCACAGGCAUUUAUUAUCUUGGUACCAACAACAAAUGGAUAAGAAAAACAGUAGUACAAGGUGUUCCACCGCACUCAAAAGUUGCUGUGUUCAAAAAUAUGAUUUACUUCAUUUCUAAAGAUGCUUCAUGCUGUUAUAACACUUUAAAUGACAUAUGGAACAUGGAUUUUCCUGUGUGUGAUGGUGAUGUGGCAACUCUUGGUAAUGAUAUAUAUGCAAUUCAAGGAGAGCAGGAGACUAGGGUGCUGAAUGAAAAUGGAACAGAAUGGCAUAGCAUAUAUAGGAGGAGGAUACAUAACACUUCUGAUGAUGAUGAGUUAUAUGAUGAUGACGAUGAUGAUGAUGAUGAUGAUGAAGAGGAGGAAAAAGUCAGUCUGGAAUUAAGUGUCUCUUCUUUCAUGGGCGAUAUAUAUGCUGCAAAAUUUGGUUCGAAGUGUUUGAGACGGUUCAGUCAACAAGAUUCUGAAUGGCAUGAUGUAAGCAUGGUUCCAGGUUCAGCACCAGAGAAAGCAUGCUUGUUCGUUGCUGAUGGGAAAUUGAUUGUUUUAAGUAAAACUUCGUCACAGGCUACUUUGUAUGCUUAUGAUAAGAUUUGCAACCAAUGGAUGACAUUGAAAGUCCUUCCACAGGCAACAACUGUCCAGAAGAAAAUACCAGAAUGCCAUAAUUUUUCUGCUUGCAGCUUCAAGUUUGAAAGCUAGAAUGGCAGAGAAGAAAAAAUAAAUACCAAAUUAUUCAUCCACUUAAAUAGGCUUCAUUAAUACCAUUAUUUGUUUUGUAUAUAAUAAAUAAUUAACUAGAAAUUAAUGCGGAUAGUACUAGGAAAUAGUAAAUUGAACUGUAGGUCCUUUCUCCUUGUUUACUUCGGAUAUGUCUAAUGUAUGUAGCCGUUGACCCAAGAAUAUGAGAUAGUAUUGAAGAGAUUAUGUUAUUUUUAUGGUAAUUAGGUUAUAAUUUAUCAGUAUGAGUUGUUGAUUUUUCUUGCUCUGCUAGCAUUGCAAAUUUUAUUUCUAUCUAAAAACUAUUAAAUUAUUUAUUAUGUUAUUAUAUAUUAUAAUCACCUUGAUCACUCACACAUCGAUGUAGGCUUUUCUGUAUUAUAUACAAAUAAUUUCUUAUCGUGUUAGAUGGAUUUUGUAACAUAUGCAUAUUUUGUUCAUUAGCUCCUAGACAGAACUUAUUUUAAUUUAUUUAUAUAUUUCUGCAAUUUCAUGGCCCAAUCAAGAUAGGGUUGCAGCUUUAUAAAACAGGUCGAACAUAUAUUUUGUCUCUGUUUCAUCAGUAAAAUUCUCAUAUUC